AUGGCGAUGGUUCCAUCCUUGGGAAGCACUUAUACGACCCUCCACGUUACAAUCCAAGUGGAUCCCAGCAACGUCGAGCCCUUUCUCGCGGCCCUGCGGCCCUGCUGGGCUGCCUGCAUUCGCGAACCAGAGUGUAUACUCUUUGAUGUCUUCCAUUCUGGAGCUGAACCGGGAACAUUUCGUUUCACCGAAGUAUGGACCAAAGAUGAGAAAUGGUUCAGGGAACACCAGCUCACGAAGCCUUACUAUGAGCCAUAUCUGGCAAUCACACAGCCAAUGUGGGUGGCGGACAGGAAGAUGGAGUUCUUUGAGCGCAUAGGAGGUUGGUGUUAUAUUGACGAGGCAUAUUCGGUGGGGAGUGUCAACCCAUGA